AUGAGAGAACCCACGGCAACCCACGAAAGGGGACUACGUGCUUCUGUAGCAUGGCGUGUGGACGUGUCGAUAUGGGUGCAACGUGGCAAUAAACAACGGCGAAGGGACGCAAAACCAACAGGAAACGAUUCACAGAGGCUUUGGUCGAUGGGCGGGGAGAAAAGUGGGAAGCGAAGGGUUAUCUUUAUGCAAGAGUAA